AUGUUUGACCUACCAGAAGCCAAGCGUGUGCGCCGCGAUGAGGUCCGAUCCUCAGCUUCGUCUCGCUCACCGUCCCCAGUCGACGAAUCCGAUCUGCAAGAUGCUCAUGCCCGUCUAGGGAAACUGCUUAACCUUGAUGGCCUACUCGAAGUCAGUGCGAUAUCUAAGAUUGCCGAAGAUAUUCCGGAACAAGCGGGUGGUGAGGACGAGGAACAAGAAUUCGAAUUCCGGUUAUUCAGCAUUCCGGCAAACCCCAAAACUGCCGGAGAAGAAGCUGGGAAGACACAUGAAGAUGGAAAGCACACUCCAGGAAUUGGGAAUCAGGUUAAUACAGGGACACAGAGGUUGCGGAUUCGAUUGCGAUCCCCGACGCCAGGGUCAGGCGACCCCUCUGAAGGUCGGUUUGUGAAGGCCUCCCGUGGGUGGCAGUAUUACUUUUCUACUCCUUCACUGUGGGGACCAAGUGUCGAACUGGAAGAUCAGGCAUCUCAGUCGGAAAAGCGAGGGCAAUUUGAAGAUAUGGCCGUGACAGGCGAGCAAAUAGUGACUCGGGCCAAGUCACAGCCAUGGCCUGGUUGUCAUCUUCCUUGGAGAGUGUGUCAUCUAAAACGUCACCAAACAAAACUACCUCGAAAAGACAAAGAUGUUCCAGUCUACGUGGUUGAGGGCGAACCGCCAUCAAAGUCCCCAAAAACUCGCAAGAAGCCAGGUAAGAAGCGACGUCUUUUGCUUCGAAAGCGCGCUGUAGCGGCUCAGGUGGCGAAAGAGAACGAGGCUGAGAAACGGACCCGCAAAAAUCGCGAGCGCAAGAUCAAGCGUCGCCAAAAGGCGCGGGAGCAAAAGGCUGCUGCUGGCACGGCUGGUGACACCCAAAUGGCAGAUGUCGACGGAGCUUCUUCAGAAGACGAUUGA